AUGAAUGAGUUCGAGCGUGUCGGCCGGACGAUCCUGCGCUCAGUAUACGAUCCGCUCCCGGCCAACAAUAGUAACGAUCACAUAUGGUGUCUAGGACUACGGUAUGAAUCCAAAGCGCCAGGACCGAAGCCUGCACCCACCUCUGCCACAGGAACACCUCCGGCUCCCUCACCCGCAUCUCAAAAUGAACGACCUGGCAUUUCCGAGGAAGACAGUUGGAUACGCACGAGUGCAGACGAGUCUGGCGGCAAGGAGGCCCCAAAUGGUGGAGAAGAUCCGGAUCAGUACGGCGGUUGGCCCCACGCCUUUCUGGAUGACUUCGAAUCGAGGGCGUGGAUGACAUACCGGUCGGGAUUUUCACCUAUCCAAAAGAGCUUGGAUCGCAAGGCGACAGCAGCCAUGAGCUUCAGGGUCAGGAUGCAGAACUUGGCUCAAAGCGCCUUCACGUCGGAUUCGGGCUUUGGCUGCAUGAUCAGGUCUGGCCAGUGCAUACUCGCGAACGCUCUGAUAGACCUACGAUUAGGACGAGACUGGAGGCUUCAAGAUUCACGGACGAAGCAGGACGACCGCCCGAUCCUCUCGCUAUUCGCCGACGACCCACAAGCACCCUUUUCAAUCCACCGCUUUGUGGAACACGGAGCAGCAGAAUGUGGCAAAUAUCCCGGCGAGUGGUUCGGUCCGUCAGCAACAGCGCGAUGCAUACAAGACCUCGUCAAGAAGUACCCUGAAGCAGGCCUGAAAGUGUAUAACUCCGGCGACGGCGCUGACAUAUACGAGGACAAACUCAAAGAAGUCGCUAUCGACGAUGACGGCAAGUGGCAGCCGACUCUAGUACUAGUAGGCACCCGGCUGGGCAUCGAGAAGAUCACGCCCGUGUAUUGGGAAGCAUUGAAGGCGUCAUUGCAAAUGAAGCAGUCGAUAGGUAUUGCUGGCGGCCGCCCGUCCGCAUCGCACUACUUUGUUGGAACUCAAGGCAACUACUUCUUUUAUCUCGACCCACACGUCACGCGCCCUCUCCUACCCUACCACAAAGAUCCUUCCGCCUAUUCCGCAGAAGACAUCGCCAACUGUCACACGCGCCGCCUUCGUCGUAUCGAGAUCCGUGAGAUGGACCCGUCGAUGCUCAUCGCAUUCCUUAUCCGUGAUGAAAACGAAUACGAAGAGUGGAAAGAAGGCGUAGUGAGCGUACAGGGCAAGGCUAUCGUUCACAUCAGCGAGGCCGAGCCACCGCCACGCGGUCAAGAGAGGGCUGGUGCAGUGGACGAGGUGGAAAGCUUCGAUGAAGACGGUUUGCAGUAG